UGCUAAGAGGCUGACUCGACCCCCUCUCCUCCACCUCAGCAACUGUGAAACAUACUUACUCCGGUACACCAGGACAGAACUGGUGAAAUCUGCGUCGUCCUUCCUUCUUUAAGCCAGUUUGGUUACAAAAAGAAACCCCCACCUUGCCGUCCAUUCAGUGGCCACUCGUGAAGCCGUCCUCCUCACUUUAAUAAACCCUACCCCCUCACACAACUUACAAAGAAUAAUCUCUCCUUUUUGGUUUCGACUCAAACGGCAACAGGUAAUAAUAUCGUUGCAUUCAGACUAACGUUGCCCCUCCCCUCUUUUUGGAUAUCUUGCUGAAAUUACUUCGACCAGAAUAAUAUAAACAGACAAAAAAAGAAAAGAAAAGAAAAAAAAUAAGAAGGGAAAAUAAAUUACAACGAAAUAAAAACUGACAUCGCUUCGGGAACAAUUAUCAUGGCACUUCAUACGAGAUAUCCUGGAUUAUAUUGUCUGUCGGCUGACAUCAGCAAUGCAAAACUAGAGUCUGGAGAUUUACGACGAAUUGAAGCCCAUUGGUACGUAAAUGGUCUGGUAUUGGAACUUUAUGAUUAUUCUAACAUCAAUAAAUGGACAUUUGAGCAUUUGGUUGGAGUAAUCCGUCAGUUGGCACCCGAUUCAGUUCAAGUCUGUAUAAAACCAGCCAACAUUCAAUAUCGUAUUUUAGACGUGGUAUUAAAGAGGUCUCAACUUUCAGUGGGAACUCCGGAAUAUUUACGGCUUUUGAACGAAUUCUUUGACAAAACAGACUCCACAUUUGAUUAUGAGAAGAUUCAACCGCCGCCUACUUCCAUAAUAUUUCGCUAUGCCGGUAUUUUCACAUUCUCAAGUAGGCUGUGCAAACAAAGUCUUAAUGAGCAAAAUCUUCACCGCAUUGGCGUGGAAAACUUCACCAAUGGCCUGAUUCUCGAGUUAAUCGAUUAUGCAAAUUUAUGCCAAUGGACAAUCGACUAUAUAACUGCUGUGGUCUAUGCGAUAAUCCCAGAAUCCAUUAUUGAUACCUUGAGUGAUGGCACUCUUCAGGGGCGUAUUAUGAAGUUAGCACACGAUCGUCUGCAUUUUAAAAUGGGGACCGUUGAAUACGAAGCGUUUAUAACAGCAACGUUCGAUGCCGGCCAUUUGUCCUCUUUGCCUCCGGCUGCUCUUCCAUCGACGUGUAUAACCACUCCAACGACAGUCACUUCGACAAUAAUGACUUCCAGAACGUCAAACAACGUCCAAGUGCAGCCAAGGGAAUCGACAUCGCCAAACUUACCCGAUGUUGUCAAUCACGCCAAAGAAAUAGCUAAAACGUCAGCAACUGAAAUUGCUUUAUAUUAAUACCAACUUCUGUUGAUAUUCAUUAUUUUCUCAUACACACAAUUACCUUCUGAUAAUCAAUUGUUAUUUUUACCUUCAAACCUAUUUAACUGACAGCAAAAGAGAUAGAAAAUGA